AUGACAAUAUUCAGAGCUAAGUGGCUGUUUGGACAUUUUAACCAAUUAGAUGAUUAUCCGCUGAGAGAACGAAAAUAUCUGAAAACGCGGUGGUACUAUGGGAGACGACAUCCAAGACCGGCUCCAAUUUUGCAGCAAAACGUAGCGCAGAUCACCGAGAAGGUUGUUCCUGAUGUCGUUUUGCUGAACGUGUUCAAAUACCUUCAUCCAAUGGACCUCAUAAAUGGUGCUUCAAGAGUUUCACGACGGUGGAAUCAGCUCAGCAGAUCACCAUCGCUCUACCGCUAUGUUCGCGUAUUAGUCAAUCAGCAGUCUGCACAAAGCGGAAGUGCGAUGGAGUUUUUGCAGCGGGUCGGCGAAUUUAUGUUCGAUGUUCAAAUCAACGUCGAAUAUUUGACGUGCUAG